ACAAAAACCACUCGUACUAUACUCUAAAAACCUCUUGCAUUCCAUUUGUAAGCUAUCUUCCAAAUCAUCUUAUUUUUCUAUCUCAUAACCACCAACCUUUGUUUCUAUACAAUGAACCCUUCAAAAGGUAAAAAGAAGCAAACGACAGGAACAACAAGUGAAACGACAACCCAAGAACAACAACAACAACAACAAACGGCAUGGGGAGGUAGGUACUUAGGAGUUCGAAGAAGACCAUGGGGAAGAUACGCAGCCGAGAUUAGAGACCCUUCUACGAAAGAAAGACACUGGUUAGGAACAUUCGACACAGCCGAAGAAGCCGCUUUAGCUUACGAUAGAGCCGCACGUGCCAUGCGUGGUUCACGUGCUCGAACCAAUUUUGUUUACGCUGAUACCCCUCCCGGUUCUUCCGUUACUCCUAUCCUCUCACCCGACCAACCGCAACAAACUUUUCACCAUCAUAAUGUGCAUGACCUUUCCUUCGUUCUUCAACCCGACCCGGUUCCUGUUAAUUGUAACCCGGUUUCUGUUAUAACUUCCUCUUCUUACGGUUACGGUUACGGGGAGGAAAAUAAUAAUUAUUUAAAUAAAUAUAAUAAUAUUCCUCCUCAACUUCCUGUUGCCACGUUGGAGGCUAGUUUUAAAAACAACAAUAAUGGAAAUUCCCAUUUUAACCAACAAGUUUUUUUUAACGAUGAUGUUAGUAGUUCUACUGCUACCAACAAUAUUAACAACACCAACAGCAUAGAGCUUCCUCCAUUGCCACCGGAUAUUAAUAGUUCCACGUGCUAUGAUCAGGGUAAUGCAUUCAACGGUGGUGAUGAUGGGUAUUAUUAUUGGGAGCAGAAUAAUAAUCUAGCACCAGAUUGUUAUAACUUGCAUAACAAUAUACAAAUGUUGGGUACAGAAAAUGUGGAUGUUUUUGAUUUCGGGAGUUCUUCAUUUUUCUAUUAAGAAAGAUCGAUGGUUUUAAAUUGCAGUUAAGAAAAUGCUGAAAAAUAUAAUGGAUGAUGUAUAAAUUGCAAUUGUAUUGCUAUUACGGAGACUUCAAAAUAUACAUUAUUAUUGCAGCUGUGAUUGUGGACCGCAAUUUAAAGUCUAGAUGGUUCACUGUUUACUUUUCAUUGUUGAGAGUUUUCGUUUUUGUAAGAGUGUUUGUUGUUUUCAACAUUUGUGGAGCUGCUGAAUGUGUAAACUGUUAAUUGUGGACAUAUUUGAUGAUAUUUGCGAAUGGGGAAAUUGUGUUACGUUAUGGGCAUGAAAAUUUGUUACUGUUUUUGGUGUAAUAAUAGUAUGUAAAGAAAGUGUUUUACGUUGCAGUAAGUUUUGUGUGUUGUGUUGCGUGCUGUCUCCGUGGAGACAAGCGCAAGGGGUACUUUUUUUGGGUAACAAGAGUACGAAUGAAUCAUAUCGUCAAUAUGAUGUUGAUUUGGUUGCACUUGUAAA